GUUUGGCACGUGUUUUUAGUUUUUACUGUUGACGACUUACGUGAGAUACGUCGAGUGAACAAUAAGUUAAGUAAGUAAUAAGUUAAUUUAAAUUUUAAAGCAAAUAGAUAUGGCAGAACAGGACAAAUCGGUACGCGGCAUGCCAAAGUCUGGAAGAUUUUGGAAAACGCCAAAAACCAAGUUUUCUUCUAUUAACAAAACAAAAGGCCUCAAGCUGUCUUUCGAGCGUAAACAACAUUUGAGAGCAGAUAUAAAAAAAACGAGAGAACUGUCAAGAGCCUUAAUUAACGAGAGAAACGCUGAAAACGAAGCGAGAAAAGAAAGGCGGCGUGAGAAUAUUAAACGCCGUGCGGAAAAUCAGAAGAAAUCAGAAAUAGUUCAAGUGAUUAAAAAUCCAGCCAAAAUUAAGCGAAUGAGAAAGAAAGCCAUGCGGCAAAUAGAAAAGAGAGAUACGCUUAACAUGUAACUUCAAAAUAAACAUUUUUUUUUAAAAA